AACAGUUUCCUUUUUGAAAUUUAUCAACAAAUUUGUAAAAUUUUGUUGGUAUGGAUGGAGGACUACAUGGCAUCAAUGAGUCCACCAUCACCUUCAUCAUCGACUUUAUCAUUACAAUCAGACGAUGAUAUGUCUUCAGAAUAUAGAUCCUCAUUGCUGACGCGUUCGCAGCGGUUUAAUCUGAAGCUUCUCGUGCUUUAUUCGAAACACAAAUGCCUGUGGAACUUCAAUCACGUCGACUUCUUUAACACCGCCAUGCACAAGAGCAUCUGGGCGGACAUCGUCCGACAGCUGGACACGAAGCGUACGAUUACCUGGCAGUUCUGUCGCCGUCGCAUCAUGGAGCUGCGCCACUACAAGAACCAAUAUCGAUUGCAGCAAUUACGCUUGGACAGCAACCUCCCAAAUGAGUGGUACCAUGUUAGGGAUGUUCCAAUGUCGUUACCACUUGACGGGACUCGAGGGCUGGAGCUGCUGCCGAAGGAGAGCUAUAAGCAUUGUUUCUAUUUUUUAAAUUCCCUCGAAGCUCCUUCCUUUAGUCCAGCCAAGCUAUGAUCUUCUUGAACUCUUAACGUAAACGUACUUGCUUUUUGGUUAUGUGCGGAAAACUAAAGCUAAUCAACUUUUAAAAUGGUAGCAAGAUGGUGUGCAGCACUUUACACUUUUUUACAACUAUUAGUCCUGGCAGCGGGAGGAGCUCUCUUAACAAUUAAGCUUACCCCAUUGUCCUUGGCCUUGUUGACGACGCUGGCUGCAGUUAAUGUCAUACAGAAUUCUCUUGUCUAAGAACUCCCUUUCCGUCGGAAACUU